AAAGAAGAACAUAUAAAAGUAUAAGCAAUGCAUGUGAAUAAAGUUCUCCUAGCAUCAUUUUCUCACAGAAACCCAACAAUCAUUCCUCUACCGCGCAAGCAAAGUAUCAUUUUCUCUUUUUUUUUAUUCAUUUGCAACACAAAUUGCCAGUCUAAACUCUCAGUUUUUCACUCACAGCCAUGACUUCACUCUUCCUGAUCACUUCUUCUUUCAGUUUUCUGGCUUUGAUCUUAGCUAGACCAAGUUUUGCCGCCAUCCGAGCUAACUCAUGCCGAUCAUAUUGUGGGAAUCUCACCAUAGAUUACCCUUUUGCUCUUGACUAUGGCUGCGGUCACCCAGGUUUCAGAGACCUUUUGUUCUGCAUGAACGAUGUUCUGAUGUUUCACAUCAGUUCAGGAUCAUACAGGGUCCUAGACAUAGACUAUGCUUACCAAGCGCUCACGUUACAUGACCCCCACAUGUCAACUUGUGACACCAUAGUGCUAGGCAGCAGAGGCAAUGGCUUCGCCGUCGAGCAAUGGCGGGAGCCGUACUUCAAUCCGACGCCUGAUAACGUGUUCAUGCUUAUAGGUUGCUCAGCUCAAUCACCACUCUUCCAGGGUUUCCCUGGAAAGCACCUGCCUUGCAGGAAUGUAUCCGGGAUGGGAUGCGAAGAGUACUAUGAUUGCCCGGCAUGGAGCCUGGUGGGUCACAAAAAGGUAGGGUCAGUUUUUGGGUCAGGCCCACCAGAGUGUUGUGCUGUGGCAUUUGAGGCCAUCAAGGCUAUAAAUCUGAGCAAGCUUGAGUGUGAAGGGUAUAGCAGUGCUUAUAGCCUUGCUCCAUUGAGAGUUACUGGGGCUGGUGGGUGGUCAUAUGGGAUCCGAGUCAAGUAUUCGGUUCAAGGAAAUGAUGAGUUUUGUAAGGCUUGUGAGGCCACCGGUGGAGCAUGUGGGUUUGGAAGUGAUGGGGUUACGCAGUUGUGCAUGUGCGGCAGCUUCAAUUCCACCACCAAUUGUGAUUCAGAAGGCUCAGCAUCAAGUAAAAGGACAUGGUCAUUGGUGGUUGCAUUGGCAGGAUUUUUUGUAUGUAUGUCGAUGUGAAUGAUGGGAAGCGCCCCUUUGAGAACAUAGAUUCAACAUUGCUUAUCAAUAUGAUGUAAAUGCUGUUGUUACAUUGGCACAAUGUUGCUUGCACCAUACCUUUAAGAACAUGCUAUACUUUUUGAUUUCUGGUUGAGAGAAGAGAGAUAGAUGUUAGGGUUCAUCAGAAUUGUUCUGGGUUUGUCUUCCAUAUCACUGAAUUCUCUUUGAACGAUGUGGUUAAUUUUGAACAUUAGUCA